AUGGAUUCAUUUGAAGAGGCUAAAUCUGUUAAAAAAAAUAUUGCACUAGAACUAGAAAAAGAAACAAGUAAGGAUAUCAAAGGUAUUUCUAAGCCAAGGGACCAAAGUGACGUAGCUGAUAAUGUGUUUACAUCAAUGUCACAUCAAAGUAGUUUUGUUCCAGAUGUAAAUGGAUCUCAAACAAUAUGUUUUGAGUCAUCACAGAACGAUGAUUGUGAAGGAAAAAAAUAUCGACUAAAUGAUAAUUAUUCACAGAAUGACAGUAUUGGUAUUGCAAGUGGUGAUAAUCAAAAGUUAAUAAAUAAUAUAUCCAGCAAGAAAUUCCAUGAUGUUGAUAUACCUAGUACUAGUAAAGUGGAAUCAAAAGAAUGUGAAAAUGGUUUAGAUGUUAAUGAAGACCAAAAUACAUGUCAAAACAACAAACUGUGUUUAGAUAAAGUGGGAAAUGGAACUAGUAACAUCAUUGUUAAUAAUGGUCCUUCAACAAGUGGUACAAGUAAAUCCUUUGAAAAUGCUGAAAGCACUGGUUUUAAGGAAAACAGGAAAAGGCCAUCUACACUUAAAAUAAGUAGACCAAACAUUGAUGCUGAUGAUAGUUCCAGUGAUACUGGAAAUGAUGAUUAUUCAUUGGGUUCAGAAGAUGGUUGUAUUUACACAUAUAGAGGUGGUGAGCAUUUGGCAGAUCUGCCAAGCUCAUUUUUUAGUCUUGAUAUGGGAUUGCCAUUAGAUAGACAUUUGCCAUUACUUCCUAACUAUCCAGUUGCUCAGCAGGGAGCACCUAAUGCUAGGGAACAAGGCUCAAGAGCAUCAAGUCCUGAUAUGGACUUUUUAGAAAUGGAUUUUGAUCCAGGGCCUUCUUGUGAGGUUGAUACUGGUGAUGAAUCAACUCCUGAUGCAGAUUUGGAUGCUGGCAAUUGUAUGCCUGAAGAGAAUGAACCAGCUAUUAGGGGAACAACACCCGAGUAUUUACCUGGAGUGAUGCAUAAUUCUCAACCUUCUGUGUCGACUAGUUCAGCUAACCUUAAUGAUCCAGAACCACAUUAUUUUAAUGUGCCAUCAACAAGUCAUGCUUUAGAUAUGUCCCAAAGUAACAUUCAAGAAGAAGUUUCAACUCACCAAGCAUAUGGGCCAUAUAUUACACACACAAAUUUUAGAGGUGAACAGUUUUUAGUGAAACGGACAAUGUCUAGUUUGCCAAGUAUUUCCUCUUCUAGCCUACAUGUGUCAAAUGGAGAUUUGGUGUCUCCAAGGGAGGUAUUGAACUAUGAAGAGGAACAGCAAGAUGGGCCACAUACAUUCCAAAUAAAUCAAGGUGAAAGACCAGCGUUUGAUUCAACCAAUUUAUCAUCAGCAUUAUAUCACAUCACUAUGGCAAAGAGGUUAAUGAUUGAAAAGACUUGUUCUGAUGUGGAGAGUCACGAUGAUGCUAAUAUUAAUCAAGAACAUGGUGCAUCAUCUAGUAAUGAAUGUGAUAGUGGAUAUGUGCAACCUCCACGGUGCAUGGUUUGGUCAGAACGUGAAGCUUGCGAGCGGCAGGUCACACAAAUAGGCACAUCUGCUUGUGGUGCCACAGCAGUUGUCAACGUUUUUAUUGCAUUAGGCGUGCCCGUAAAUAUUGAAAAAAUUAAUGCUGCUGUAGGCACAAGACAAAGAGCUAACAAUGCACCUUUGCCUAGGUAUUUAUUAUCGCGUGCUGUAGCGGGCUGUACUGCUGCAGAUUUAGUAAAUGGUAUUCAAAGGGCUUCUGAUGGACUAGUAACAGCUCGGUUCUUUCCCAUGUAUCCUGAACGGGCUGUUUCAUUGUCCCAUUGGCUAGCUGAUUGGAUAUCUCUUGGCGCUGUACCUAUACUCACUCUAAAUUUACAAGUGGGAUGUGAUGGUGAGAUUCCCGAUGCCUGGCAUCAUCAGAUGGUGUUCGGUGUAUCCCCACGUGGAGUUUACCUUUGUAAUCCCGUGGAGUGCGUACCAGAGACCACAUUGUGGCCACGGCUCACUUCGCCUUCUGUCUUGUUAGUACGGACAAGGGAUAUACUGACAAGGUUUACUACCAACACGGAUUUGACCCCACUCAUGGCUGUACCAGAUCGAAGAUUCCAUACUUUUAAUGUCCUUGGCCAGGUGGUGAACGUGAUUCGCGAAUGGCGCGCGCGUGGGUGGGCGGAGCGCGGCGGGCGGGCGCAGCAUGUCCGCGUGCCCGCCUCGUACCGCGCCGGCGUCACCGUGGCCGCGCUCACCGGCUCCGAGGCGCACCGUCGCCUCGUACACGCCGCGCUUCCUCCACCCGUGCUUCAGUGCAACGCUCAGUACGUAUUGAGUACCGUCUCACGGCCGCCCGCGCUUCAGUGCACCGCCCGUGCAGCGCCCGGUACGUACAUACUUACAGCCGCCCGCGCUUCAGUGCAGCGCCCCGUACGUACAGACUUACAGCCGCCCGCGCUUCAGUGUAACGCCCAGUGCGUACUGAGCACCGUCUCACGGCUGCCCGCGCUUCAGUGCAGCGCCCGGUACGUACAUACUUACAGCCGCCCGCGCUUCAGUGCAGCGCCCGGUACGUACAUACUUACAGCCGCCCGCGCUUCAAUGCUGCGCCCGGUACGUACAGACUUACAGCCGCCCGCGCUUGUGCAACGCCCAGUACGUACUGAGCACCGUCCCUCGGCCCGGACCUCGCGCCUUCGUGCAGCGCCCGGUACGUACAUACUUACAGCCGCCCGCGCUUCAGUGCAGCGCCCGGUACGUACAUACUUACAGCCGCCCGCGCUUCAAUGCUGCGCCCGACUUAAAGCCGCCCGCACUUCAGUGCAGCGCCCGGAAUGUACAGACUUACAGUCGCCCGCGCUUCAGUGCAGUGUCUGGUACGUACAAACUUACAGCCGCCCGCACUUCAGUGCAGCGCCCGGAAUGUACAGACUUACAAUCGCCCGCGCUUCAGUGCAGUGCCUGGUACGUACAAACUUACAGCCGCCCGCGCUUCAGUGUAACGCCCAGUGCGUACUGAGCACCGUCUCACGGCCGCCCGCCCUUCAGUGCUGCGCCCGGUACGUACAGACUGACAGCCGCCCGUGCUUCAGUGCAGCGCCCGGUACGUACAGACUCACAGCCGCCCGCGCUUCAGUGCACCGCCCAGUACGUACUGAGCACCGUCUCACGGCUGUCCGCGCUUCUGUGCAGCGGCCGGUACGUACAUACUUACAGCCGCCCGCGCUUCAGUGCAGCGCCCGGUACGUACAGGCUUACAGCCGCCCGCGCUUCAGUGCAGCGCCCGUGCAGCGCCCGGUACGUACAGACUCACAGCCGCCCGCGUUUCAGUGUAACGCCCAGUGCGUACUGAGCACCGUCUCACGGCUGCCCGCGCUUCAGUGCAGCGCCCGGUACGUACAUACUUACAGCCGCCCGCGCUUCAGUGCAGCGCCCGGUACGUACGGUCUUACAGCCGCCCGCGCUUCAGUGCUGCGCCCGGUACGUACAGACUUACAGCCGCCCGCGCUUCAGUGUAACGCCCAGUGCGUACUGAGCACCGUCUCACGGCCGCCCGCGCUUCAGUGCUGCGCCCGGUACGUACAGACUGACAGCCGCCCGAGCUUCAGUGCAGCGCCCGGUACGUACAGACGCACAGCCGCCCGCGCUUCAGUGCAACGCCCAGUACGUACUGAGCACCGUCUCACGGCUGCCAGCACUUCAGUGCAGCGCCCGGUACGUACAUACCCCCCUUACAGCCGCCCGCGCUUCAGUGCAGCGCCCGGUAUGUACAGACUCACAGCCGCCCGCGCUUCAGUGUAA